GGGCACAGCGAGAGGGAGCCGGCUGGGAUGCGCCGAUGUUGAAUCCCAACAAAACCCAGCUACCCCGCAGCUGAAACAAAGAGCCGCGGUGGUUAAAUAAGGCCCUGUAGGGCAGGGAGGGUCCUGGCGGAGGAGGGCGGUGCUCUGAGCGGGACGCGGCCAGCGGGGCUCCGUCAGCUGACGCGAUGUUCCAGCCGCGGCGCCGACAUCUUGGCACCGAACGGAGGAGACGGAGAAUCCGGUUCUCACGGUCAAAUGUCCCGAUGGAGUGACGGCGGGGCCCGCGGGGUUCAGGAAGAGUCCGCCCGGAGACCCAGCAACCCCUCUGCGGAGCCGCAGUGACUCUUCACUGUGAUUGGCUCUGACUGACAGUGACAGCCAUGAUUGGAGGACUCUUCAUCUACAACCACCAGGGGGAGGUGUUGAUCUCCAGAGUUUACAGCGAUGACAUCGGACCUUGGUCUGGUGUGAUCUUCAUCAUGGAGAAACAGCGUGAACGCCUGGCAGCAGGUGCGCUCCCCGAUCACCAACAUCGCCUGGACCAGUUUCUUCCAUGUCAAACACGCCAUCAUCCGGCUGGUGGUACUAAGCAGAACGUCAAUGCCAGCAUGGUGCUCAAGUUCCUCUACAAAAUGUGUGACAUUGUGACAACAUACCUCAGCAAGAUCAGUGAGGAGAACUUUGAGAACAACUUCGUCCUCGUCUAUGAGCUGCUGGACGGUAAACAGACUGAGGAAAGUCACGGCACCAUGAGAAAGGAGACGGUCGCAGCGUUGGAAGGAUGGAUGUCAGGAAAAAGAUUCUGGACUUCGGUUACCCUCAGAACUUGGAGACUGGUGCUGUGAAGACCUUCAUCACCCAGCAGGGCAUCAGGAGUCAGGAUAAAGUGUUUGCGGGGAUGAAGGAGUCUCAGAUCAGUGCUGUCCAUCAGUGAUAAGAAGUGAACUUUGAGGUCUCGUUUGCUCUGUUGGGUCUGGACGUUUGCUUCCUGAAGUCUUUGAGCCCGAGGUGAACUACAGCGAUCACAACCUCAUUAAAUGGGUUUGAUACAUCGACCGCAGUGGGAUCUACAGGACGUGCUGCUGAUGCAGCCGAGGCUCAUGGGAAGGGGGGAAACCCCUGAUGUCAUAGUCGAUGUGUUGGCCUGAAAAAUGAGCAAAUGUAACUUCCUGUUUAUAAUCUAUGUUGUUUCGUCAGAGCUUCAGCCAGCUGCUGCACACACCUGUUCAGUCUGACUGAGGAGCCAAUUACAUUCCAGGAAGCAUCGUGGUAGGAGGGGCUAAAAAAGACCUGACUGACAGCUCAAAACUAAAUUCACAUCCACAGUUUGGAGACACAGACCUGCAGACCAGGACCCUUUGAAGCAGUCCUGACCUGGAUGCUCCUCCAGAGGAAUUCCGGUUCCUGCCCGGCUGUAAUUGGCAUCCGGAGUCUGUGUUUACAGAGCGAGGCGUCACGAAGAAGCUCUGGGAUCAGGUCCCAAACAUCGAAAACCGUAUCGGGUUUAAGUUUGUCCGAUCUCCUCGUUUACCUCUGGGCCUGAUCUCAGACCAUCACAGCAGACACCAGCUUCUGCUUCAGACUGACCUGAGGGUCAUCUGUGUAAGGCCCCGCCCACACGUAGCUGCCGGUCGGUCCCUAUAGGGCUGUUCCAGGCUCUGGUUACCUAGGAUACCCUUUGACAUAUUCAGUGUCCCCAACCUUUGAGCCACGGACCAGCCUUUAAGGUGUGGCGGAUAAAUACGUCAAAAUAAAUGAUACCACCGUAAUCAAAA